GCUUUUGUAAUAUACUUUGUUCUAGGUAUGGAUCGUCAUAAUAUAGCAAACAAAUCUUCCCAUUUACAUGUUAGGUGAACUUAUACCAUUGAUUUAAUCAAGUUGAUAGUUGAGUGAGAUGACCAUUGGUAAAGAUAAUAAAACAUUGUUACUUGUUUAUCAAGCAUAAGAUUUUUCUAUAUCUCAUAGUUUUGGAACAUUCCACGAACUCUUUUUUUAGGUCGGGGUUGUAAUCGAUGUUGAGUUUUUUUAUAUUGGGCACCAAAGUCAGUUGACCGCCACUUUUUACCCCAAACUUCUCUCGUGAUAUCAACUUCGGUCAUAUUAUGCAAAAAGGAUAUGUCGAUCGAUCUCGGCGGGGACACUCUCUGAUGCUCAAGUUAGUGAGUGGGUUGAGGGAAGAGUAAUAACCUCGAAAAGAAAAAUGAGGGAAUGUAGUUGAGAAUGAAUAUAUGCGCUAAUCAUAAUGAGAGUUCACGAGUCUAGGCAUGGAGAUUUUUUCUUACCACAUCUAGAAAUGAAGUGGCCUUUUAUAGAGGCCUCAAGGCAAGCAUGAAGGGGGUACCUUAUGCUUCUGUGAAAUUUUUGGAAAAAACACCCUUGACUUCGUCUGACUAACUUUUUGUCCCGAUGCCGCGUGUCUUCCUCUGGCGCUUGAUGGUACGGAGAGGGGAUACGUGAUGCGGGUACGUGUCCAAGGGUGCUGAGAGACCUAGGGUGGGCGGAGUGAGCCAAAGGUGGUUGAGGUGACCCGAGGGUGACUGGAGUGACCCCAAGGUGACUGAGGUGAUUGACCCCGGGGUGGCCGGAAUGACCCAAAGGUGACCGGGAGUGGCCGAGGUGACUCGUUGUUAUGGACCCCAAGGUGGCCUGGGGUGAUUGACCUCGAAGUGGCCAGAGUGACCCCAAGAUGGGCUAGGUAACUCGGGGUGAUUGACCCCAAGGUGACUCGGGGUGAUUGAGCCCGAGGUGACCCGGGUGAUUGACUCGGAGGCAUAUUCCAGGUACCUUCGGUGCUUCAGCGAUCGGGUUCUCCAUCCCUCAUUCCUCAUCCCUCCUACCACAUUCAAUCGAUAUAGACUGAGGGUCAAUGGGUAUAUCAAUGAUCUUGGGUGGAGCUCACUGCUCCAGAAUCGACCCCUUGAUCAGUGCCCUGAAGAUGUGAGAAUGUUCUACGCAAGUAUGCAGUGCGGCCCUGGACGAUAUCCGUCGUAUUUCACCACCACCGUCUACAAUUUUAGCGUAACAAUCAUUGUUGAUGUGUUGGCCACUCUGCUGCAUCUUCCUCACGAUGGUUAUCUAGCUGGGACAACAAAAGACUUUGAUAGCUAUGGGUUCCAUCCCAUAGAUACUAUGUCUUACCUGGCUCGUGACUAUGGGAAGCACCAAUUCUCCAUGUUCUAUGUUGAGCGGCUUCCUGAUGAGCUGAAAGCCUUACACUUCUACAUCACUCGUAUGUUCCUCCCUCGAGAUGCUGCCACGGCAACUACUCUCAAAGAGUCUGACUUGUGGAUUCUGUUUAACGCCAAAACAAGCUGCCCGAUCAGCUACGCCACACUCAUGUUUAAUCACAUGAUUAAAUAUCGAGAAGAAGAGUGCAGUGGGAAGCUGCCUUUCGGUCCGCAAAUCACCUCCCUGCUAGCAAUCUUAGGGGUCGAUCUGCGUGGGAAAAUCAUCAACCAGGAUGUCCAUUCUGACCUCCAGGCCCAGCAUUUCCUGCGUCGCACCCUCUCGGAGCUUGGACCCCAAAAACUUGCCAAAGUUCAAGGGGGAGACAAACCUGCUCAGUCUGAAUCAGGUGAUGAUGAAGACAAUAGUGUUGUAGCGUUACCUGCGAGACUUGACAAGGGAAAGGAAGUGGCAGAAUCGUCUCGCAAGAGGGCUCUGGACUUGGGUCACCUCCGGGAAGGGAUAAAUCUGGAGAAGGAGGGAAAAGGGCUACUUCAUGAUCUAACCUUGGCUCUAAAAGGGAAAGAGGCCAGCUCUUCCCGCAAAAAGGUCAACAAGGUCUUAUUCGUACCUUCAGAGGAUGAGGAAGUCGAUCCAUCUGAGUAUGCUUCCUAUCCUGAGUACACCUACUAGGAAGCUUUCACCUAAUUGGCCUAGGGGGAGAUCCACGAAUGUCGUCUUUGUCGGUUUAAUAAUUCUUGUCUGGUUGACUGGUUGUUGAAGUCGGGUUUAGAUGGUAGUUGAAGUUCUGGUUUAAGUUUUUUUAGUAAGUCUUGCUAAAGUCUAGUGUCAAGAGUCAGUUGAUGUUUGGUUCUGUUGCUAUGAAUAAAAUGGACUCCCAUUGUCAUCUUUUGAACUUAUGAUACCUGCUAUCUUGAUUAGAGGAUUGGACAGGCUGCACCUAUGGUUUGUUAAGUGUGCAGGUUCUGAUGGUGAGCAGGUUAAGAAUGAACUUUGACAAGUUGAGACAGAUUCUGGGACAUCUUGUUUAGGGGGAGAAGUUUGGCCAUUGACAGCUUAGGGGGAGAAUGUUGGAACAAGCUAGUCAAAGGCCACUUGAGAAGGAAAGAAGAUCAGGAGCAAACAUGGAAAGAAGGAGAGAUCAGAUUAAGGAGAUUUGGUACAACAAUGCAAAUCAAAUCAGAAGAUGGAAUCUCAAGCAUAUCAUCACUAAUAAGGGAAGGAAUUUGAAUUAGCAACGGCUAUAUUAUAGCCUAUAAAAGGCGAUUUGAAGGAAGAGCAACAUCAACCUUUUCGGAGAUCAACAAAGCUAGCUAAGACAAAAGGAGAUUUUGUGAGAGAGUAGCAAGGUUGAUAGAAAAGGGGGUUUCUCAAAGGGUUCGGGGAGAAUUGCUUUGAGGGUUAGUGUUGGGGAAACACUGUUACGAGUUGCUGGGGAAGCAAUUCGGGGUUUGAGAAGAGAGUGUUUGAUCAAUCGGGUUGAGAUUGAUCAAAGGGUUCUUGGGUAGAUAGAUUUACAUCGAACUUCAACGAAAUAUCUUUAGUGAAUCGCAGGAGAUCACACAACAGUGAGUCUCCGACCGUGGAGUAGUCAGUAUUGGGAUUCUUAUUCUCCCAAUACUGGAAACCACGUAAAAAUCGUGGGCUGUGUUCUUCCUUUGUUUCUUCAGUUUCAUUUUUAUAUGUGCCUCUGUGUGUGCUCUGUUUCAAGUCUGACUGUGCAGGGAAAUUCGAUCAAGAGGAGUUAAGGAAGACGAAGUGCCAGAAUUGGGUUGGCGUACCUGUUGCUAUCUAGUUUGAUUUAUUUCACAUCUUAAUAUUCUGGGUUUAUAUUGUUGUGUUCUGUGAGUUCUUCUCCUGUUCUUCACUCGAAAGGAAACAAGCCUCUUUUUGAUCGAAGCCACUCUAGCGGGAAAGGAAGACUGAGUUUGAAUUAAUACUCUGUCGUCUUUGGUUACUCACUUAGAAAAGCGGUUGGGUAGAGUAACAGACAGGACUGGGUGUUUGGGCUCGAAUAUUCUAUUUACUUAACUUAAGCUUUUGGGCUUAGGAGCCCAUUCGGUUAAGGGUUAAAAUUCUAAUAGGUGGGAUUUCCAAUUAAUGAUCUCAGUAAGAGAAGAACACUGACCAAUUAGCUUAGCCUAAUUGUGUUGUAGGGCCAUAGGGUUUAGUUAUUAUAAUCAAAAUCAAAGUUGAAGGAAACUGAAAGCUAUUAGUUGUUCUAGAACAUAGAGUUCUGACUUUUACCUGAGAUAACGUUUGAACUAAGUUUGUGGCCAAGUAAGAGGAGUACAGGUAUAAAGUCUCGCGCUCGACGCAAUCAACACAAUGUUGUUUAUGAAUGGAGAGAAUGAACAAAUUUUGUUCAU